AUGGCAACUUCAAAAAUAUUUUUGGGUGGAUUACCUGAAUUAAUAAACAAAAUUAUACAAAAUUUUCAAAAUGAUUUUUCAACGUUACACUCAUGCAUUUUAGUUAAUAGAUUAUGGUGUCGUAUUUCAAUUCCAUUAUUAUGGGAGGAUCCAUUUUCAAUUCCUACAAAAAAUUUCAAUUUUAUUGAAAUUUAUUUAUAUAAUUUAAGUGAAAAUGAUAAAAAAAAAUUGAAUGAAUAUGGAAUUAUUGAAGAAAAAGAUUCCAAUUUAAAUACAGUAUUUAAUUAUCCUAGAUAUAUUAAAAAUUUAAAUACACAUAAAAUAAUUUGUUCAGUUGAAAAAUGGAAUGUUAAUUCAUCAAAUUCAUGUUCAACAUUUAGUCAAAUAUCAAAUUCUACAAGAUUAAUAUCCAAAUUAUUAUUUAAAACAUUUAUUGAAAGCGAAGUAAAUUUAAAUAGUUUUGAAUUUGAAAUGACAACAGAUAAUGAUCAUGAUUAUUUUAAUGAUACGGUAGAAUUAAUAUUACAAAAUCCCAAUUUUAUUAAUAAUAUAAAAAAUUUAAAAUUUAGUAAAAGGGUAGCAAAUAUUACAAAUAUAACAAAAAUUGAUUCAUUUUUAUUAUUAUUAUCAACAAAUUGUAAUUCAAUUUCAACAUUACAUUUUAAAUUUAAAAAGAGAAGUGAUGAUAUUUUUAUAGAAAAUUUUUUAUCACGUAUAAUUAAUUUACAACAAAAUCUUAAAAAAAUAUUAUUUUCUUAUAAAAUUUCCCCUUUACAUCAUUUAUUAUCAAAUUCAAAUUGUUCAAAUACUUUAAGAACAAUUAUAUUUCAUAAUGUUAAUUUUAGAAAUAUAAGCGUUUUUAAAGAAGUUUUUGAACAUUUAAAUGUUUUAGAUUCAGUUCAUAUUCAUUAUUGUUAUUCUUUAACAGUUGAUUUUAUUCAACAAAUUGUUGAUAUUACAAAACCAUUUAAAUUAAGAACUUUAUUUUUAAGUAAAUUAUUUGAAAUUAGAUCUUUUCAAUUAUUAUUACAAAAAUCUGGUGAUUAUUUAGAAAAUGUUGGUUUUGGUUCUUUAACAAGUUAUGAUUUAAAACAACAAUUAUUUGAAUUAAUUUCUGAAUAUUGUACAAAAAUCAAAUUUCUUAAAUUACCUGGUUUUUAUAAUAGUCAAAAUAUUAAUUUGGCUUUUGAUUUAAUUAAAAGUAUUGGAAUUAAUCUUAAUUACCUUUCUAUUCAUUUUUAUAAAUUUGGUGUUUUGGAUCAAAAUGAUGAAGGAAUUAUUAAACUUAAUUCUUUAUUAUUACAAGAAUUGGGUCAAAUUCUUCCUACAAAAUUAGAAUAUUUAAAUUUAUCUCUUAUGAUUGAUUCAAAUGAUUUUGAAAUUUUUUUAAAAAAUUCUCAAAAUAUUUUUAUUAAGAAAUUAUUAAUUAGAAAUAAGAUGCAAAUAAUUAGUGAAAAUGAUAUUUUAUUUUAUUUAGAAAAAUAUAUUAUGAAAAAGAGUAGGGUUAAUUAUUUGGCUUUUAAAGAAGAUUAUAUGAAAAAAGGUGAUUUGUUUUAUUCAAAAGAUUUGGUGAAAAAAUUUGAAUCUUAUAAUAUAAAAAUUCAAAGUUAUGAUGAUUUAAAUAUUAAUAGUUAUGAAUAUAUAAAAGAAAUGUAUUAAUUGAGUGAGAAUAGAUGACAUAGAAUUUUUUUUAUUUAUUUAUCCAUUUUAUUAUUGUUGGG